AUCACUUGUGAAAUUCAUUCCUCACAGUUAACUAAAUAAUAGUACAAAAUGAUGAAAUUGAUUCUCGCCUUCGCUUUGGUAGCUUCAGCUGCUGCUCAGCUCAACUUCAACUCCUACAGACCCCAACAAGUAGCCAGGUUGCAACCAAUCAAGCUUCAACAAGUAGCCAGGCUGCAACCAAUAAAGCUUCAACAAAUCGCCGUGCAACCCGUGAGAAGGGUCCAAGUCCAAAGCCAAUACAACUUGACCCCUGGACAACAAAUCCCAAUUGUUCGUCAAGAAUCCGACAUCAGCCCUGACGGCAGCUACAGAUACGCUUACGAAACCGCUAACGGUAUUGCCGCCCAAGAACAAGGUGUUGGAGGCCAAUCCGCUCAGGGACAAUUCUCCUGGACUUCCCCCGAAGGCGAACAAGUCCAAAUCCAAUACGUCGCCGACGAAAAUGGAUACCAACCAACUGGACCACAUGUACACCCAAUCCCAGAAGCUAUCCUUAGGUCCAUCGCGUGGAACGAAGCCCACCCAGAACCUCAGUUGAAAUACACCCAAAACCAAUACGCUCAAUUGAGACAAUAGACUUAAAAAUAAAGAAAUUAAAAAAAUUAUAAAUUUGUUGUUUUUGAGGAUAGUUUAAUUAUUUUCUUGCAAUUUGAAAAUUUCAAUCAAGUGGAAAAAUUAAAUAAACACGAUACCAUCGAGUUUGGGAUUUGGAGUUUGG